AUGCUCCUGGCUUGCUGGUUGGGGACGGCGCUGCUGCUCCUGCUGGCCGCGACUACCGGAGCUGCUGCUGCUGCUGCGUUAGGGCCGGCGGGGGAACGUCUCCGCGCCGCUUGCCCUGCCCCGGGCGGCUGCGACUCCCCCGAGAGCGACCGCAAGGCUCCCUGCGACGGCGACGACGAGAAAGGCUGCGCAACCCGCGCGUCGGGCGAGCCUUGCGGCGUCUACACGGCGAGCUGCGCAAAAGGCUUGCGCUGCGUCCCCCGGCCUGGCGAGCGCGCCCCGUUGCACGCCCUGCUGCGCGGCAGAGGGGUCUGCGCGGCGGGAGCAGCCCAGAAGAGAGGCGGCAAAAACCAGACGGAAGCGGAACCCGCGGCAAGUGAUGGCUGGAAGGAGAAUCACCAACCAGGUCAGUCAACUCCCGAUCCUUUCUCCUUGCAAGAGGUCACCGUUGGCAAAGCCCAGCUACAGCAGCUCUCCCUGAGCAGUGAUGGCAAACAGGGAUUUGAUACGGCCCCUUGCCGCAUGCACUUGGCAGCCAUCUUGCAGGAGCUGAAGGCCCCCCUCUACCUGAAUGGGGAAGACAUCUUCAUUCCCAAUUGUGACACCAAAGGCUUCUACAGGCGGAAGCAGUGCCGGGCGUCCAAAGGGCAGAAGAGAGGCCAAUGCUGGUGCGUGGAUAAGAGAGGCCAUCGGUUGGAGGGACUGGACGAAAACCCUCUUUGCCUACUUGCUAACAGUGACUGAGUGGGGCUAGGGGGGCGCACAGUGCUUCAGCAGCAGAGACUCUUGACGAAGAGGAAUCUCCGUACUAUAGAACGGUUACAGAAAUGUUUGCUUUUAACUUAUUGUGUGGUUGCUGCCUUGCUGGGGUCCUGCGUUCCUUGGUGUAACCUUGGAGCAGCUAUUAUGUUUGAUGAUAGCCCACAAAAGGUUGGAAGAGCCUGGACUGGCUGCUUCAAGGCAACAGCAGACAGGAAGCUUUUAACUCCACGAGUGAAGACACUUUGUUGAAUAAGCUAUCGGUGGUUGCGCUGGCACCUGAGCCAGCUGUUCUAUUUGGUAGGUGUGGCAUGUAUCACAGGUGCUAAACCAGAAGGGGAAUGCGAGUAGCCAGAUGUUGAGAGUGGGAUGUGUGUGUAUGAGUGUGUAUAGUUCUCAAGCAAGCCUGGAGGGGUAAUGCAGACAAAUAUGAGAUGCAGCCAGUAUAUACCUUAAGCAUCCUUCUACCAAGGUAGAGGUGAUUAGGAAGAACUGAAAAAGGUACAUGGGGAAAGAAGGCAAUUUUGUGAAAGGGGACUAUGGAAUGGGUGUUCAUAUUGUUGCCAACACCUACAGUUAGAACAAGGUAGUGGAAGUGAUAACUGGUGCAGGGCACUUGUGCUUGGUCCCCUUUAUACCAAAACCUGCUUCUUCCUCAGUCGCCCCUCUGUACUGGGUUGUCUAACGGUUUCCCCACAAGCAGAUUAUUAGGAGUGCUACCCGUGUGGUAGGAUUUGUUGAUGGGAGGGCCUGAGGCUGCCUUCCCCACAGAGGAGCAGCGCAUGAUGGAUCUUUCCCUAUUCUCUACAGUGGGCUUUAAUUUAACUCUUCGCAUUUGAGAGGGUGGGUUUUGGCUUCUGUAUGUUUCACUGUCAUUGUCUACAAUAAAUCUGGUGCCUA